GGGACGGGGCGGGGCUAAGAUGAGGAGGGAGGUGACGCACCAGCGACCCAGAUCUCCCCGCUUCGCGCCCGACCCCCACCGAGGCCCAGACCGCAGCAGGCUCCUCCGGCUGCCGCUCGGUUAAAAAUGGUUGCCAGGAUGGUUUCUACCAUGCUGUCUGGCCUAGUGUUUUGGCUGACAUUUGGAUGGACUCCAACAGCUGCUUAUAGCCCGAGAACCCCUGACCGGGUCUCAGAAACAGAUAUCCAGAGGCUGCUGCAUGGUGUGAUGGAGCAGCUGGGCAUUGCCAGGCCACGGGUAGAGUAUCCAGCUCACCAGGCCAUGAACCUUGUGGGCCCACAGAGCAUCGAAGGUGGAGCUCAUGAAGGUCUUCAGCACUUGGGUCCCUUUGGCAACAUCCCAAACAUUGUGGCAGAGUUGACCGGUGACAACAUUCCCAAGGACUUCAGUGAAGAUCAGGGCUACCCAGACCCUCCAAAUCCCUGUCCCGUUGGAAAAACAGUAGAUGAUGGAUGUCUAGAAAACACCCCUGACACAGCAGAGUUCAGUCGAGAAUUCCAGUUACACCAGCACCUUUUUGAUCCAGAACAUGACUAUCCAGGCUUGGGCAAGUGGAACAAGAAGCUCCUUUAUGAGAAGAUGAAAGGAGGACAGAGACGCAAGCGGAGGAGUGUCAAUCCAUAUCUGCAAGGACAGAGACUGGACAAUGUUGUGGCGAAGAAGUCAGUCCCUCAUUUUUCAGAUGAGGAUAAGGACCCAGAGUAAAGUGAAGAUGCUGAGUGAAAACCCACACGACCUGUUAGACCUCCUUGGUGUUGCUUAUGUGCACGCGUUGUUAGAGCCCCUGUGAAUGGCAGCAUGUUUCUAAUUUAGACAAGCAUGGAUGAAAAGCAGCUGUAUUUUGAUAUCCUAUUGUCCUUCACACCGAUAGCUCUGCUUUCUGCUAAAUUAGGGUAAGAGCUUUUUUUUCUUUAAAUGUGGAGCUGCAGUGAGCAUUAAAAUUAAAAUGUAUGUGUCAAUAACAAUAAAAAGCAAAUGAAUGAAAUGUCCUGCGAUUUCUUACGGUUUAAAAUGGUGUUUCGGGUGGCACUGUUUUGGCCAAGUCUGUAAAAGGCUGGCAUUUGAUUUUGAUUAUGUAGUUAAUCCAGCCCUUGGGCAUUAUUACACACCAAUAAAGAAGAUUGUACCCAGGAGGAGCUGACACAUUUCGCUUGGCUGCAUCUUAAUA